UAAUACAAAAUAAUGAAAAAAAUAAUGAUAAAAUGAUUAUAAGAGAAUCAUUAUCCAAAACAAGAGCUUCAACAACAACAACAACAACAACGUGUUUUUUAUUCGUUAUUUCUUUGAUGUUAUUGAUGGCACAAAUUCCAUUCGGUGCCUGUGAUGAACAUGAACAUAUUUAUGAAGAUAGUGAAGAAGUUGUUCUAUGGAUGAAUACUGUUGGUCCAUAUCAUAACCGUCAAGAAACAUAUGGUUAUUUUUCAUUACCAUUUUGUCGUGGACCUAAAAAAGGAAUUAGUCAUUAUCAUGAAACAUUAAGUGAAGCAAUACAAGGUGUUGAAUUGGAAUUUUCUGGUCUUGAUAUUCAAUUUAAAGUUGACAUGAAAAAAACCGAAUAUUGCAAAAUAACAUUAACAAAAGAAUAUUAUAAUGCAUUUGAAUUUGCAAUCAAAAAUUAUUAUUCAUAUCAAAUGUAUAUUGAUGAUCUACCAAUAAUGGGUUCAGUUGGUUAUAUAGAUGAAAAUGAUUCAACAAUUGUUUAUCUAUUUACACAUAAAAAAUUUGAUAUCGGUUAUAAUGGUAAUCAAAUUGUUGAUGUUAAUAUGACCAGUGAAGGAAAAGUACGUUUGAUUAUUGGUGAAGAAAUUGAAUUUUCAUAUGAUGUUUAUUGGAAACAAUCAAAUAUUCAUUUUGAAGAUCGUUUUGAUAAAUAUUUGGAUCCAAAUUUUUUUCAACAUCGUAUUCAUUGGUUUUCAAUAUUUAAUUCAUUUAUGAUGGUUAUAUUUUUAGUUGGUCUAGUAACAAUGAUUUUAAUGCGUACAUUAAGAAAAGAUUAUGCUCGUUAUAAUCGUGAUGAAGAAUUGGAUGAUAUGGAUCGUGAUUUAGGUGAUGAAUAUGGCUGGAAACAAGUACAUGGUGAUGUAUUUCGUCCACCAUCAAUGCCAAUGUUAUUUUCAUUAGUAAUUGGUUGUGGUUAUCAUAUUGCAUUCGUUACAUUAUUGGUUAUAAUAUUUUCAAUAAUGGGUGAUCUUUAUACAAGUCGUGGUUCAAUAUUAAGUGUUGCAAUAUUUGUUUAUGCUGCUGCAUCACCAAUAAAUGGUUAUUUUGGUGGUUCAUUAUAUGCUCAAUUUGGUGGUAAACAUUGGAUUAAACAAAUGUUUUGGUCAGCAUUUUCAAUACCAUUAAUUGUUUGUGGUACAGCAUUUUUUAUUAAUUUUAUUGCUAUGUAUUAUCAUGCAUCACGUGCCAUACCAUUUGUAACAAUGUUGGCUGUAGCUAGUAUUUGUAUAUUUAUAAUAUUACCAUUAACAUUGGUUGGUACUGUAUUGGGUAGAAAUAUAUCUGGACAAUCGAAUAAUCCAUGUCGAAUAAAUGCCGUACCACGACCAAUACCGGAGAAAAAAUGGUUUAUGGAACCAUCAAUCAUUGUAAUAUUAGGCGGAAUAUUACCAUUUGGUUCAAUAUUUAUUGAAAUGUAUUUUAUAUUUACAUCAUUUUGGGCAUAUAAAAUAUAUUAUGUUUAUGGUUUUAUGUUAUUGGUAUUUUUAAUAUUGGCCGCUGUAACAUCAUGUGUAACAAUUGUUUGUACAUAUUUUCUUCUUAAUUCAGAAGAUUAUCGUUGGCAAUGGACUAGUUUUAUGGCCGGUGCAUCAACAUCAAUCUAUGUUUAUCUGUAUUCAUUUUAUUAUUUCUUUUUCAAAACAAAAAUGUAUGGAUUAUUUCAAACGGUUUUCUAUUUUGGUAAUAUGGCAUUAUUUAGUAUUGCAUUGGGUAUCAUGUGUGGUACAUUUGGCUAUAUGGGAACAAAAAGUUUUGUUCGAAAAAUAUAUUCAACAGUUAAAAUUGAUUGAUUUUUUUUUUGAAAUC